AUGCCCAACACCGUGGCCCACACUCCCCGCGCCCUGGCCCCACUGGCUCCAGCACCAGUCCAACAAGCCCGCGCUCCAGUCAGUUCCGCGGGCGUAUCCGCCUUUGCACAGCGAGAGCAGCAGGCCGCCACGCGACGGCAGCAGGAGGACGACGCCCCGCCUAUUGCGGCAGCGGCAGGCAAGAAGAUGAGGCGGGCUCGCGGCGACACGCGGCCUCUGGAGGGAGGUAAAGAUUUCGAGGCGCGUUUGGCGGCGUGGUAUGAGCGACAGCGGGCCCGUCAACGGCCUGUUCCUGCGUCGCGACACGCGCGGAGGACUUUGCGCGCUGUGGUUGCUCCAGUGCUGGCACCGCCACCGCCACCGCCGCCGACGCCGCAGCUGGUUGGAGCUUACGCGGCGCCGUAUCCGGGGUCGGUGGUGGUGCAGGGGGGGUUUGAAGGGUUCCUGCACCAGCACCAGCACCAGCAGCACCAGCAGCACCAGCAGCACCAGCAGCACCAGCAGCACCAGCAGCACCAGCAGCACCAGCAGCACCAGCACCAGCAGCACCAGCACCAGCAGCACCAGCACCAGCAGCACCAGCACCAGCACCAGCAGCACCAGCAGCACCAGCAGCACCAGCAGCACCAGCAGCACCAGCAGCACCAGCAGCACCAGCAGCACCAGCAGCACCAGCAGCACCAGCAGCACCAGCACCAGCAGCACCAGCACCAGCACCAGCACCAGCACCAGCACCAGCACCAGCAGCACCAGCCAAUGCAGGCCCUAGCGCCUGCUGAACCACUCCAACCUCACUGGUUCGGAGAACUCCAUGAUCCGUUCUGGGCGUAUCAGAUCCCCUUCCCCCCACCGCUGCAGGGCCCUGUCCCUGCCUUGACGGCCCAGCAGGGCGUCGCUGGGUCGGUGGGAGACUUCCAGCCCGAUGCCCCGUACUGUGGUGCUGCUACCGCCGCGACUGGGUACCUUCCCGAAGCCCCUGCGAUGGGUUUCUUUGACUUUUCUGAGGUCGUCGACGACCUCCGGCCCGAAGCACGGUACUGUGAUGCUGCUACCGCCACGACUGGGAACCUUCCCGAAGCCCCUGCGAUGGGUUUCUUUGACUUUUCUGAGGUCGUCAACGACCUCCAGAUCCCUUCGCCCCCCGCGCUCUACUGGUCCCAAGACCCGCAUUCGCAGUCUCCGCCCGACCCUGCUCCCGCCCUCGACGGCCCCGUGCGGGCGUCGUCAUCCUCCUCGCAGCUGUCUCUGCGUGAGGCUGCGACGCCUCCCGUGGACGAAGCCCUCGAGGGGGUUUACGCAGACCUCGCUGCGUUCAACGAGUUUUCGCCGCUUUUCGACUUCGCGGCGUUCGCGGCCGAUAUGCAUAACGGGGCUGAAUAG